AUGGGGUGGGAUAUAGCUAGAUGGGUUGGUUGGUGGUCGGAGAUUGAGGAUAAGAUUGCAAAACAAAAAUUAGACAUUCAACCAUUGAUAGAUAACAUUCCAGAUGAAGAUACGUUUCAACAGGAAUUAAAUGCUCUGGAAACUAAACUUAACAGUGAAUUACAAAAAGAACUAACAAAUAUUAAAAAACAAAUACAGAACAUUGAUAUUGUUAUUCAACAACAAAUGCAAAAGAUAGAUGAUAGCGAAAUCAAAACCUUUAUUCAUCAACAAAUACAGAAUAUUGAUGAUAGUGUUAUUCAACAACAGAUAACCACUAUUAAUAACCUAGUUUUAAAACAGGAUAAAAAUAUAGUCGCAUUAGAAAAAAAGUUUCUCAAGAAAGAAUCAUAUUAUUUCAAUCUUCCAUUUGGAAAAUUGAGAGAUUACGAUGCUUCUAUUACUGAUAAUAUUGAUAAAUCAAAAGACUAUGAAUAUAAAAAAUAUGGAUUUACAGUAAAUAUUAGAGUAUAUUCUCCAAGUAAUAUUGAUCACCCCCACGAUAUUUUAAAUCCAGAUGUUCAUAAACCUUAUCAACCAAUAAAUUUUGAUUUCCGAGGAAAACUGAUAAUUGAAAUAACUUUCCCUUUUCAGGUAAAAGUUGAUUCAUUCUUCUUCACACAAGGCUUUCGUGCACCUAAAAGAAAAUUUAACGCUAAAAAAGUUCUUCAGUUUAUCAAUGGUACAAAAAAUGUAGAAACUAAAGAAUAUGAAAUUAACGACAAAAACAACAAGAUUAGUCACUCACAUGAAAUUAAAACGAAUGGACAAUAUAUAGAUAGGUUUAGAAUGUUAAUCAUACCAGAUAAUGAAAAAGAUGAAUUUACAUUGAGUGAUUUUGAUAUGAUAUUGGAGACUGAAACUCCACCAUCAAUGAAUAUUAUUAGAAAUCCAGAACCACAAAAAAAAGAUAAAAGCUUUUAUGAGUUUUUACGAGCAACAGACUUUGAAUACGUAAAACUAUAUUUUGUUGAUAAUGGUAAAUUUACCUCAAUUGAUAUUCAUAAAAGUCAACAAAAACAAAAUUUUUUAAUAAGAGAUGAUGCAUAUGUUAAUAUAAUAAUCUAUAAUGAAAAACCAAAAUUUUCAGUUCAUCUGAAUAAGAUUAAUGAUUCGAAAGAACAAAUAUCUUUAAAAGUUGUUAUUAAUAAACACCUAGCAGCUUUAUCAGAAGUUCACUUAAUUAAAUUACCUAAAAAUGGAACUCGAAAGCGGACAAAACUACAUGAUAGAAAAGCAAAACGAACUAAAAGAAAAACUAAAACAAUUCAACAAAUGUAG